CUCCUCCUCCUCUUCCUCUGCCAGGAAGCCCGGCUCCUCUCGGCCGCGCAGAGGGCGCAGACCCAGCUCCAGCCUCUCGGCAUCAUGCAGCCCUCUCCGCCGGCUCCCGCGGCUGCUGCCCUGCUGCUGGUCCUUCUGGCCACCGACUCCUCGCAGACGACGUCGGUGCUGAGGGACCGGGCGGAGGCGUCCCAGUUCCUGCGCCAGAGGCCCCGCCGCGCCUACCAGAUCUUCGAGGAGACCAAGCAGGGCCACCUGGAGCGCGAGUGCGUGGAGGAGCUCUGCAACAAGGAGGAGGCCCGGGAGGUCUUCGAGAACGACCCCGAGACGGACUAUUUUUACCCGAAAUACUUGGCAUGUAUUCGGAGGUAUGGGUCGCCAUACUCAAGAAAUCCAGAUUUCCAUACAUGUGUACAUAAUUUGCCAAACCAAUGUUCACCUAGUCCCUGCCAUGGAGAUGGCACUGUAUCAUGUGAAGACCUGAAAGGUGCGUAUCUCUGCCAAUGCAAACCUGGCUGGCAUGGAGACAGAUGUGAAAAAGAUAUUAAUGAAUGUUCAAGCCAGAAUGGUGGCUGUAAACACAUUUGCUACAACAAGCUAGGCAGCUAUCGUUGCUCUUGCUACAAUGGAUAUGCUCUGAAAAGUGACAAUAAAUCUUGUGAAGAUAUAGAUGAAUGCACAGUAUCGGCAGACAUCUGUGGAGAAGCUCAGUGUAAAAAUUUGAUAAGCUCUUAUAUGUGUGUUUGCGAUGCUGGCUACAAGUAUGAUGAUGUAAGAAAGGUUUGCCAAGAUGUGGAUGAAUGUGAACAGAACUUCUGUGAGCAGACAUGUGUCAAUACACCCGGGAGCUAUAACUGCCACUGCAAUGGAAGAGGUGGAAUUAAACUUUCCAGUGACAUGAACACGUGUGAGGAUAUUUUGCCUUGUGUCUCCUUUGCUGAUGCAAAAAGUAUUAAAUCUCUCUAUCUUGGAAGAAUGUUCAGUUGCAGACCUGUUUUCCAACUACGUUUUAAACGGAAACAGCUAACACGACUUGUUGCUGAAUUUGAGUUCAGAACCUUUGAUGCUGAAGGCAUCCUUUUCUUUGCUGGAGGCCAUCAGGGUAGUCGGUGGAUAGUCCUGGGUUUGCGCGGUGGACGAUUAGAGCUGCAACUCAAGUACAAUGGAAUUGGCCGUGUGACCAGCAGUGGACCCAUGAUCAACCAUGGAAUGUGGCAGACAAUAUCUGUUGAAGAACUGGAGAGAACCUUGAUUAUAAAAGUCAAUCAGGAUGCAGUGAUGAAGAUAGCUGUCUCUGGAGAUCUGUUUACUUUGGACAGAGGACUCUAUCAGCUAAAUCUGACUGUGGGAGGCGUUCCUUUUAAGACCAAAGAUCUUGUUCAGCCUAUCAAUCCCCGACUUGAUGGCUGCAUGCGGGGCUGGAAUUGGUUGAACGGUGACGAUAUGACCAUACAAGAGACGGUGAAACUGAAUGAUAAGAUGCAAUGUUUUGCAGUAGCAGGAAGAGGAUCUUUCUAUCCUGGCAAUGGUUUUGCUGUCUUUAAUCUCAGUUACGCCCAACCACUUAACAGCAAUGAAACCAGAAAACAAUGGGAAGUGAAAGCAAACAUUCUGAUUCGUCCAGCCACAGAUACUGGGGUCCUCUUUGCUCUGGUCAAUACAGAAGCAACAGUCCCAUUGUCAGUAGCUCUUAUUGACUAUCAUUCCACAAAGAAACUAAAACAACAGUUUAUUGUCUUGGCAGUGAGGAAUACGGUGGUAUGCAGACUGGCAGUAAGCAUUUGUGAUGAGCAGGAACACUUGGUUGACAUUUCCAUCAGCAAGGGCCAGAUAUUGCUGUCAAUGGAUGGGGUUGCAGGACAAAAUGAACUCAGCCAUUCAGAGCUAGAAGACAAAUUGUCUGUCUUGGAUGAUUACCUGCAGUCAUCAGUCAAGACCUACGUGGGAGGACUCCCAGAUGUUCCUGUCACUUCAACUCCAGUCACCGCUUUCUACCGUGGCUGCAUGACGGUGAAAGUUAACAAGCAGACUUUGGAUCUGGAUGAAGCUCUCUACAAGUCCAAUGACAUCACAUCUCAUUCUUGUCCUCCGAUAAAGACUGUCCAAUAGAAGCCACAGCAACACGUCAAAGAUGUAUAUUCCAAAAGUUUCGAUGCUUUCCUUUUAUACAUAUAUAUAUAUAUAAAGAUAUAAAUUAUUCAGACUUCCAGCACUGUGUGUAUAGACCUCUUGAACACUGAAGUUAUGUAGGAGCUACUGAAACGUCAGAUUAAUUAUUGAAAUAUUUCUUUGCUUGGGAGGGUUUAAGAUGUGUAAUAUAUUUGUAAAUAGUUGAAAAGACUAAUGUUAUUAACCCAAAGCCGCAAAUUAUUGCCUAAAGCGUGUGGUGAAGAGGCAGAGCAUAUCUGUCAUGUGACAACUGGUAAUAUAUUCUGAGUGGACUGGAAGAUUUAAAAUUAUGUAUUUUUUUAUUACCAAAUGCUGCUUUCCUGACUUACAAAAUAAGAAAAAAAAUAAAACAAAAAACUUUUUUUUGAAA